AUGUACGGGCUGCUGCUGGAAAACCUCGCCACCUUCAUCAAGGCGCAAUGGGGGGAGGGAAAGUGGGAGUCAGUGAGGAGACACGCAGGCAUCGACCUCGUGGCCUUCUCAAUCCAUCACGUCUACCCCGAGACAUUGAUGCGACGACUGGCCAGGUCUGCCUUCCAAGUGUUGGGGGUGGACGAGAGACAAUUUUUCAAAGCGAUGGGAGUCUACUUUGUGCAGUUGCAGUACGUUUCUCAGUAUGGCUACGACCAGCUUUUAUCCGUGUUGGGGAGACACUUGCGAGAUUUUCUCAAUGGACUCGACAAUCUCCAUGAAUAUCUCAAGUUUUCCUAUCCAAAAAUGAGAGCUCCGAGCUUUUACUGCGAUGAUGAGACGGAAAGUGGAUUAAAGUUGCAUUACCGCAGCAAGCGACGAGGAUUUGUUUACUAUGUCAUGGGUCAAAUUAAGCAGGUCGCCAAACAAUUUUACAACCAAGAAUGUAAUAUACACUUGCUUAAUGAAGAAGUUGUUGGAGAGACAAUUCAUGUAGUUUUUGAGCUGGCAUUUGACAAUUCUGCUUUCUCUGAGGCCGAAGAACUAAGGACGCUAAUCGGGAAGGAUUUGCGACUUCCUGUCAAAGCAUCAACGCUUUUCGAACUGUUCCCAUUUUGCAUCGUCUUUAACAGUGAAAUGGAGAUUACUCAUACAGGACACACAUUAAUGACAAUUCUGAAGGAUUUAGUCGGCCAAGUUAUGACAGAGGCAUUUGACAUGACCCGUCCCUUGAUUCCAUUCUGCUUCAGUGCGAUCAUGCAACGACGAAAUAACAUCUUCGAAUUGGUAACAGUUGCACCCAUACAUGACGUAAAUCAAUUCUUUGGAGCUACCGACAGCGUAGAAACUGACGUGGAAACUGAAGGAACUCGAUUGCGAUUGAGAGGCCAAAUGCUUUUCAUGGAGGAGUGGAAUAUGAUGUUAUACUUGGCGAAUCCCGUCAUGCCGGAUCUGAAUGGCUUGGUCGAUUGCAGCCUGUUCAUCAACGAUCUCUCCUUGCACGACUGCAGCAGAGAUUUAGUGUUGGCUGGAACUCAACAGUCUGUCGAACUUAAAUUGGCACUUGAUCAAGAGCAACAGAAAUCAAAGAAAUUGGUUCAAUCAAUGAUGAAGCUUGAUCUUGAAAUGAAACGCACCGAUGAACUGCUCUAUCAAAUGAUACCAAAACAGGUGGCUGACCGUAUCCGAAAAGGAGAAAACCCUGUAGAAACGUGCCAGACAUUCGACAGCGUUUCUAUCCUUUUCACAGACGUGGUCAAUUUCACGGAUAUUUGCUCGGUCAUUACACCGUUGCAAGUGGUCAGCAUGCUAAACCACAUCUACUUCUUAUUCGACCAGCUAUGCGAGAGGAACGGCGUGUACAAGGUCGAAACCGUGGGAGACAGCUACAUGAUUGUGUCCGGCGCCCCUGUUUCAAAUACGAAUCAUUCUGAGCGUUGUGCUGACAUGGCUCUGGAUAUUAUUGACGCGUCCGAAGCAAUUGAUGAUCCAUCUGGAAGAGAGAAUGGUUUGCGGGUUCGAGUGGGAUGCCACAGUGGUGCAUGCGUCGCCGGUGUGGUCGGAAUCAAAAUGCCACGCUAUUGCUUAUUUGGCGACACUGUGAAUACAGCUUCAAGAAUGGAGUCAACCAGCGAGCCGGGCAGGGUCCAAAUCUCCGAGGCCUGCAAAAACUUGCUCUCUCCCUUGUACAGUGUCGAACUUCGAGGCACCAUCAACGUGAAGGGGAAAGGAGAAAUGUAUACGUAUUAUUUGCUUGGAAGAGAGGCGAGAGUUCCUCUGUCCAAAUACUACAGCAAGACCAUUAUUUGGACUCCCCCCACUGCCAAGCUUCUGGAUGGAAUUGGGCGUCCGAACUCACCAAACUCCUUAUCUCACAAACACAUUGACCGCACGGAGUCCCUUAGCAUGGCCAGUCCAUCAUCAAGCGGUACCUCUACUUCCAAAAACCAGAAAGUAGCUGCUUCAUCCCUUCAAACUUCCUCAGUUCGAGCCAAACCGCAAUUUAAACCAAUUGUCACGCCAAGGUCAACUAUUUCUAAUAAUUACACAUCUGCAAUGCCCAACGCCACGAUUAGACCCUCAAUAAUCCCGACUUCAACUACUGCGGGUGGACAUGAACUGCAUUCCCAAUUCUCCGUCUCCAAUAAUCGCUCAAUGUCAUCACCAGAAUUACAAAUGUCAACAGACCGUCCGAGCUUUGAGUCAGAUGAUGAUAUUCAGGUUUAUUUCAAUAAAAACUUGGAGACGAAGAGAAAGGAAGCGUCGGCAUCCGUCCAAGCAAAGCAUCAACACAAAAAAAUUCAUCACUCGACUUCCGUCUAUGACAGCGACCUCAUCAAGGAAGCACUCAAAUCUAAGGGAAAUGAUCAAAAGCCAAGCGAAGUAAGGACCUCAACCCCAAUUUCACCAACGCCAAGUGGCAAACAUGGGGUCAAAAGUUUGAGCGCAGAAGUUUUAGCCGAGGCGAGCAUGAUAAUGGCUGGGAUUUUGCCCGAUCUUCCCCUUCCACACAAUCUGCACGAGAAAAGAAUGAGUUGCAACAUCCCAACUGGAGUGGGCGAAGGUUUGCUAACAGAGUAUAUAAUUGCAGUAGAGAAAAAAUUGGACGAUGCUCGUAAAGUGGGAUUUAAUGCUGGAAAUUUAGCACUGGCCUCAGCUAGCAAAGUAAAUAAGAGUGACCUCAUUCACGACGCUCCCAGCAGCGGCAUCAGCGGUGAGAUGAUCAUGAUGAUGGACUUCAAGGAUGAUGACGACCAACAUUCAACUUGCAAUUCUUCAAUCACGGACCCAAUGACAAGUUCGGAUAAUUUUAAAGAUGGACACCACUUUUCUGCCAGACCAGAAGAGAAGAUUGAGACACUUGUGGAAAGACCAUCCUCAUCACUAGAAACCACCACAAGUCUGAACAAACACUUUCCAUAUUUUAAGCAAAGUUUCACAACCAACAUCGUUUCAAGAAAAGAUUCCUUUUCAACUAGAGACAUGAGUUGUGGACCACAGGACAAGGAUUCAGAGAAAGCAGUAAACAUACACAUGGUGGGAGAAAAAUCAGUAUUCACCUUUUCAAAUAAGGACAUUACGCUAAGUUCGCUUAUUGAGCAAGUUUUGAAACCUCCUGGUAAAUCUUCGGGCAAAGCUGAUUCCGCUGAAUCCAGUCGACCAACCCCUGUUAGACUUUGUAAUACUCAAGAAUUACCAACCCCUGGAAAAGUUAAGCACGCGACCUCCUCCUCUGGCCAACACCUCCAAGCCGUGUCUGAGGACGAUCUUGAAGAAGCUUCAACGCAAUCGAUUCAUGACGACAUUGAAAAUUCAUUAGUUGCUGAACCCAAGAAAAAUUUUCCUCUGCGUUCUAAUCAGAAACCCGCAUUAUCAGGUGAUAAAACUGUCAAAAGAGCCCAAGACAAAGAUCACCAAGACACAGGAACGGUCCCGAAGAAAUUAGGACCCGUAGUGAAAUCGGGAAAAUUGCCACUGGAACAACUCAAAUGUGUGGAAGAAGAAGAAGACUUUGUAGAAUUGAAGCCAGCGAUUCGUGCAUCUCCAAUCAAGAUCCCUUCGGAUGGAAAUAACGCCACACGACUUCCACUUACUCCUGAACCUCGCAAGCCUCACAAUAUCCAAGUUAUUGCUGAAGAAAAUGAUUUUAAAGUUGACCCUGUCGCGAAAAAGAAGAACAUACAAAAAACAAAAGAAAAUCGCACGAUCGCAACGAAUGUAGAAAAGAAAAAAGACAAUUCAGUGUUUGGCGAUCAAUUAGCUGAAGCCCCAAAAGCACUACCAACCGCGAUAACACCCAUUUCCGAUGAUGCAAAACUGGAAACACCGAAUAAUAAUACCACACUUGCUAACUCUGCUUCGCCUAUUUUGAUUAGUAACAAAUUGGCCGAGGUGCGUGUGGCAAAGUGGAUUCGGGAUGAAUUUGUCGAAUCUAAAAACGAUUCAACCAAGGACGAAGACAGCGACGACGAAUUUGAUGGAGAUCCUCUAGCUCAAGCAUGCGAUGAGAAGUGGAUAGUCAAUGAAUUGACGGAUGAUGGCAGCGAAAAAUGGGCAGUGGGCGAAUUUCCUGAGAUUUUCAACAAAGAUCAACAAGGGUCGAAACCUAAAGCACAGGGAGAAACUCCUCCCUUAAUUGCCCCCAUUUCAGUUGAAUCCGUUGAUGGUUCUUCUACUAAAGUAAAACAAGUCUCCACAAAAUUACAUUCUUCUUCUUCCGGAGGAACAAUGAAGCAAAAACAACUCGCAACUAAACCAUUGCCGGAUUCGCCAAAAUGGAAAGUGGAGGUUAAAGCAAUAUCCCACAAGCCACCCUCUGCACCUGCCACUGAAAAACCUGAGAAAAGUGAUGUCAUGAAGAUGAUUCCAAAAUCUGGUGAGGGCAAAGGCCAAAAUACCAAAGACUCAGUUUGUUCUAAAAAAGAGGACGUUACUAUGAAAAAUAAAUGUGGAACAGCUUUCGAUCGGCGUGCUGCAGCAAUACCCAAAUCAUUAAAUCUUCCCCUCGAACCACACCAAAGAGUCAGCCAGAUUGCCUCCAAUUGGGAAAAUAGAGUAAUUGAAAGGUCUUGGGAAAUCACACGAGCCGAAGGUGGACCUGAAUUUCAACACGUCGUAAUUCCAACUACUUCUGAAAUUUUGUCCAAAAAUAAACCCCAAGUUAGAACAUUGAAAGAAUCUGUUCAAGUUGAACCACCAACUGAAACACCACAAAACCUUGGAACAAAAAUGGAGUCAACAGACUCAUCUUCUGACAUCAAUCCGCCCUCAGUAUCGCCAUCAUCGUCAAAGUAUAACUUAUUCUCCAGCGAGUUUGGUAACAUUCAUGUUUUCUCUCCAGACCUUGCCAAGUCCAUCAACAAGAACUGCACCAAAUUUUGCUAUGAUUGCUUGUCGAUUCCCAGCUUAGUUGAUAAUGAUUCAGGUGAUAUGGAUGUGAUGGGUCACCCUUUGAGCGACAAACCGGAGGAAGUGAAAAAAGCAAGGCAACCUGAAGGCAUCAAAAUGACUACAAAACCUGUGCCAAAAGAAGCACCCGUGAAAAAACAAAAAAUAUUCAACAUUUUUAAUCGAAUCUGAAGUAUUGAGCUGACAAUUUGGGUUUGUAGGAGUCAACAUGUAGAAAUGAAUGUAGUGUCAAAUAAUAUAGUACGAAAUAGUAGAAAAUGUAGUAAGUGUACGAAUCAUAAAAAUGCAUUAAUAAAAGUCAAUCUGGGUAGGACAAA